AGCAAGAGUGUGAGUCCGGAGAAGAGCACCAAAUCCCAAACUGCAGAGGAUUAUCACCUGUUUCGAUCCUGUAGCUUAUCAGCGAAGCUGCUAGGGUUCCCCACUCGUUUCCCUCACUUCCUUGUCCCAACAGGUGUCAUUGAUAUUAAUCAUUAAUUCCUUGAACUGGAACUAGUAGGGAGUUCCUUUGUGUGGCAUCAAGGGCUAAUAUCAGUGACACAUACUGGGAGAAGGGAGUGGGAAGUUUGAGUUUAAAUUUUGGAAGCAUCGAGUGAAUUUUGCGGAAGAGUGUUAGUCUGGAGAAGAGCACCAAAUCCCAAACCGCAGAGGAUUAUCACCUGUUUCGAUCCUGUAGCUUAUCAGGGUACUUACCAGAGGCGGUAAUCAUCAAGAUCAAGAUCAAGUUCAAGUUCAAGUUCAGGUUCAAGUUCGAGAUUAAGGAGUCACCGGCUAUCCUCAAGAUGUAGCAUUUCCUGUUUUCGAAGUUACGGUCCCGUAUUUGUAGGUCAAAUCCUCUAUAUACCUAUUAAAGCGCAACAAGGCUUUGUACUGUUAGUAGUAAUGAUGUCGUUAGAACAAAGAUUAACAGGAUUAAUUAAUCAAUAGAUACAAAGAAGAUUAUCAAAAAGUGCGCAAAUAAAAUAGGGUAGAUAAUAAAAACAUGAGAUGAAAUCAUUUAAUUUCUUUACAGUAUUUUGUUUGCUUUAUAGCUUUGGGUUUCUGAACAGAUACUGCCUCCUUUCCCAACACAUUACGACCAUUACUCAGUUUUACAGAGAAAGAGAGAGAGAGGACAGGGAUACAGACACAGAAUAGAUAGAGAGGGGGGAGAAUUAAAUAUAUGAAUAUUAUUUCUAGAGAGAAGAAACUGAUAGACUCAUAAGUCUCUACCCAGAGAGACAACUCUUAACCAAAAAAAAAACAUUUCUCUGUUAAACAUGGCAGAACUUUCAUAAAACUCAUCAGAGAAGAAAACUCCGUAUCUUUGUUAAACUUGGGGUAUCUUUCUCUCAUUCUCUCUAGAUAAAGAAAAACCUACAAACACUUACUUCUUCUGUUAAAGAAAUCUUGAGAUCAGAAAUUCAAAAAAAAAAAAAAAUAAUAAUAAUAAUAAUACCAGAAAUGGCGAAUCACUGCAUUUCUCCCUUAAAGGAGACCACCAUUUUUGUUCCGGGUUUCAGCUUUUUCUCUGUAUUUAGUUAUGUCUGAACUCAAGUUUCUUUCUUGCAGCUUUUGAGAAACCCUAGGUACUAGAGAUAGUAGUGUUGUUGGUAGAAGAAACAGAGAAAGAGGAAGAAGAAAACAGUAAUGAAUAAUAGUUCAGCGGCGGUGGCGACGGCUGUAACGACAGAUACUGUAAAUGUAUUCCGACCACCAUUUACGGCGUCGCAGUGGCAAGAGUUAGAGCAUCAAGCUUUGAUCUUUAAGUAUCUAAUGGCGGGACUACCUGUUCCUCCUGAACUUGUUUUACCCAUUAAGAAAAGCUUUGAAUCAAUGUCUGCUAGAUUUUUUCAUCAUCCUACCAUGGGAUAUUGUUCUUUUUAUGGAAAAAAAGCAGACCCAGAACCUGGAAGAUGUAGGAGAACCGAUGGGAAAAAGUGGAGAUGCUCUAAAGAUGCAUACCCAGAUUCUAAGUAUUGUGAGCGACAUAUGCAUAGAGGUCGCAACCGUUCAAGAAAGCCUGUGGAAACCCAAUCUAUUUCUCAAUCGUCGACUGUUACAUCGCUUACUGCUUCUACCGGCAACAAUGGAGGUAACACUGUUAGUUGCGUCGGAAGUGUGGUAGGUGGUGGCGGCAGCAGCGGAAAUGGGAGUUUUCAAAAUCUUCCAUUGAUGGGUAAUCAUCAAGUUCUUUGUUCUGGAAACAACAGUAUCAGUAGCAACAACAACAAUCCAUCUUUGUUGCAGAUGGAUUCUGUCCCUUAUGGUAUUCCUAGCAAAGAUUACAGGUACUACCAUGGAAUGAAACCAGAUAAUGAUGGGCAUAGUUUCUUCUCAGAAGCUUCUGCGAAUACAAGGGGGGGACUAGGAAUGGAAAGUUCGAUGGAUAACUCAUGGCGCCUGAUGUCACCCCGAGUGUCCUCAUUUCCUCAAACAAAAUCAAGAAAAGGGUCCUUUAUGCAGAGCGAUUAUUCACAGAUGCAUUCACUUCCGGAUAUCAGUCAGGCUAGCAUUGACACCGUACUGUCAAAACAACAUCAGCAACAACAACAUUGCUUCUUCGGCAGUGAUUACGGUUCAUCGCAGCCCGUGAAACAGGAGGGACAGUCUCUUCGACCUUUCUUUGAUGAAUGGCCUAAAACCAGAGACUCGUGGUCUGAUCUUGAUGACGAAAGAUCCAACCGAUCUGCUUUCUCAACUACUCAGCUCUCCAUUUCCAUACCCAUGAACUUUUCUGCAACCAGUUCUCGAUCCCCCAAUGAUGCUUGAAGAACAUGGUGAUGGGCUGAUAGGAUAUCAACUCCUGAGAGAGGAGGUUCAUUAAUACUAUGGCGUGUGUUGACUUUGAUUUUUCCCAUGUUUUCAUUUAAACUUGUCUCCUAACACUGUUAUUAGAGGAAUCUAGUUUUGAUUGCUAGUUAAUUUUCUUAAGUCACUUGAAUGGUCAGGUUUCUGUGUUCCUUCAUGAUCAUUCUUGCACUUGUGUUUCCAGUUGGAACUGCACUUUGCCUGUGUAAGACUUUAAAUUUGAGUUCAACUUCUUUUU